AUGCAUACCAGUAAGCAGGCACAUGUAAAAUUGCAUGAUGUGGUUCGAGAUGUAGCCUUGUGGAUUGCAAAGGAGCAAUGUCAAGAAGUUCUGGUGGACAACCAAGAAAUUUCAGAGAUGUUAAUUGGUAACCACCAAAGUUUGGAAGAUACAAAGGCAGUGUCAUUGUGGAAUUUGGAUGAGGAUCUCGAGCUCUCUAAACAAUUGCAUUUUCCAAAACUUGAGAUUCUACUACUUCAACCAUAUGGGUUCAUUCGAGAUAUUGGAGCAAUGGAGUCACUCAAAGUCUUGGCACUCAUAAGACAUGGAUUUGAGUGGGAAUUGCGGAGGUGGGAUCCAACUUUUUGUUCAAUUCCACAAUCAAUUGUAUCAUUAACUAAUCUUCACACCUUAUGCCUUAGAGGGAAAAAUUUGGGGGACAUAUCUCUUUUGGGUGAACUUAAAGGAUUGGAGAUUCUUGACUUACGUGGUUCUCGAUGUGAUGAAUUACCUACUGGAAUUGUAGAUAUGAAAAUGCUGAAACUUUUGGAUAUAUUUGGUUGUCAAAUUGAGAAAAGCCCUUUAGAAGUAAUUGGAAGAUGUGAGCAGCUUGAAGAAUUAUACUUUUGGGACGACAAAUCUGUCAUCCCAGAAAUUCUCUCUCUUUCAAAUUUGAAGAGGUAUGUUAUCUAUGAUUCCAGAUUAAUUUAUGAAUAUUUGGAUGACUCUUUUCAACAAUAUUUGGAUGGUUGUGAUGAAGCAUUAAGAGCUUUAUGUAUACAAGGCUUUAGAGUCUCUACUUUGAAUGCAUCAAUGAAAGAUCUCAUUCUUAGAGCAAACCACCUUUGGCUAGAUAACUGUGAGUGGGAUUAUAAAGAUACAAAUUUUCAGAUAAAGCACUUAGUGGUAUCAUGCUGUCAAGAGAAAAGAUUCAUCAUCAAGAACCCUGAUGUGAACAUUCUUCAAACACAACAAGGAAAGGAAAAUGAUAGUGCUUAUGUGGGCGUUAUAGCAAAAAGGUUCAAUCAGUUGCAAAAUGAGCAAUCCUUGAUCCUUUUUCUAAGGUUGAAAAGUCUAGAAAUUGAAAGGAGUGGAAAAAAGAAAGGUAUAAUGGAAAUCCAAGUCAGAGGAAGAAUAGAAGAUGAUGAAGAAUCUAUUAAAGCCCAAGAACCUCUAAAGCUGGAUUCAGAGUUGAGUGAAUUAAAAUUAGAUGUUCUACCAGAAUUGGAAUAUAUUUGGAAGGGCCCCACCCAAAUUGUGAGCCUCCACAGACUUGAAGAUAUUUCACUAACAGAUUGUCCAAAAUUGAAAAGUAUUUUCACUCUAGCUAUUGUUGCAAGCCUUCCAGAGUUGAGAAGACUUGUAGUAGAUAACUGCCAGGAAUGGGAGGGAAUAUUUUGUGAAGAAUCACUCAAAAACCUCUCUUCUUCUAAUAUUUGCUUCCCCAAACUUAAGAAGAUUAACAUAUAUAAUUGCAACAAAGUGAGAUGGUUGUUAUCUUAUUCUCUGGCAUCUCAUUGUCCUUCACUAGAGUUCAUAUACAUAGACAGUUGCUCUGAAUUUGAGGGGCUUAUUGGUGAAGAAGCUGCACAUGGGGAUCCACUACUUCAUGAUAUGCAAGAUCAUCCACAGCAACCUUUGAUUCGAAAUUGUUCUGAACUUGAGAGGCUUGUUGAAGAAGCAUCAUAUGGGGAUCGGCUACCACUUCUCAAACUGAAGUACUUACGCUUGUUGUCAUUGCCGAAAUUGAGAGAGAUCUUCUCUCACUCUUCUCAUCAUGAAAUCAAGCUGGAAAUUACUUGA